GGUUUUUAUCCGUGAACGCCUUGUAAAUGUCAUAAAAAUGUUCUAUUCUUUUUUCAAAUAUUUAAACACAUUUGUCUCUUUAGUUUUUAGAGUAAGUUCUACAAGUGAGUAUCAUGGCUAAUUUUCAAAAAUACAGAUUAUUUCAAAUAAAAUGUUGCUACUUUAUUCUCAGUCAUACUACAUAGUUGAGGUACUUCUCCUAAGUUUAUAAGUAAAUUUAACUUUGGUUUUAAAUGUAACUUAAAAUUAAAUAUGAUUGUAUUCAAAAAUAGUCUGUAAACAGCAGUUUCAAGCUUAAUUUUGCUUAAAAAAACAUAAAUAAAAGUCUUUUAGGCACAAAAAUCCCCUUUAACUCUCAAAUGCGUGCAUGCAGAAAUCAUUUCACGGAUCGGUCGACCUUUAGACUGAAAACAGGAAUUAAAGUUUGUUCAAGCAAAUAUCACAAAAUUAGCUGAAUCCUGGACUUUAAGAAAAUACAGAUUUCUUUAUCAUCAAUAUUUUUCUUUUUAUGGGUUGAGGGGUAGUACUCUCAUUUCUGAUCCUCCCUUUUCCCCAAAAGUCCCACUUAAUGUGAGGAAACACAUCAAAAGUCUCUUGCUGAGCCUGCGAUGACUUUUAAUCCUCCUGUGACUCUCACAUGAUGAAGAAAUCUCAGGCCUCAGCGCGCUCGGGGCUAAACAAAGCAGAUUCUGUAGAUUCUCCCCUCAUGUUUAGCUUCAGUCCUCCUGAUCAGCCCAAAAGCAGCAGGAGUAUCAGCUCCUGCUAGUUUACAAGAUGAGGCGUUAUUUCUGGUCGAAGGGUUUUCCUUGGUUCAGAGGAAACACGCCGGAGUUCAGUCCGCUGCUACCAAAGUCGGGAGCUGCAGAUGACAAGGAGGUUACAGAGACCAACAAUGGCCCAGUAUGGAUCCAAACCCACUACAGUUAUUCUUGGAUGGAUUAUUUCCUCAAGUACUUCCUCUUCCUCUGCAACCUGGGGUUCACAGUGUUCGGCCUAAUGGUUCUAGGUCUGGGAAUGUGGGGUCUCAUCAGCAAAGAAUCGUUCGCUCAGGAGAGGAUCGGCAGCAUCGGCACCGACCCGAUGCUGGUGCUCAUGAGUUUGGGCUUUCUGCUGGCUGUGCUCUGUCUGACGGGGUGUGUCGGCGCCAUCCGAGAGAACGCCUGCUUCCUCAGGCUCUUCUCGGGCAUCGUGAUGGUGCUCAUCGCCGUUCAGGUGUUGAUGGCCAUCAUGGCCUACAGUAUGCAAGAUCAGAUUGAGGUCUACUUGAGGUCGGGCAUGUUAGCUGCUAUGGCCGGCUAUCAAGAUGAUCUGGAUCUGAGGUUCAUCACUGAUGAGAUUCAGACAAACCUGCAGUGCUGUGGAGCCGAUACCUACCGGGAUUGGGAGACUAACAUAUACUACAACUGCUCAUCUCCAGGAGUUCUGGCGUGUGGCGUGCCUGCGACCUGCUGCGUGGACCCGCUGGACAACGGCACCGUGUGGAACUCCCAGUGCGGCCUUGGAGCCCAGCGGCUGGACGAGUUCACUGCUCAGAGUACCAUUUUUCUGGGAGGCUGCAUCGGGGGGAUCUCCCGCUGGAUCGAGCAGCACCAGGGCCUGAUGGGAGCCGUGGCGGCCGUUGUUUUGGGGGUUCAGAUUCUGGCGGUGUUUAUCACCACACGCCUGAUGGAAAGCAUCAACUGGCAUAAAAUGCAUGCGUGACUUGGAGUGGACGAGCCUGAAUGGGAAAUUAAAUGAGUGUUGCUUUCAUUAUCUGACUUUGAGGCUCAAAGAGUCAAAUUUGAUCACAACUUUUAAACAUUUUUAUUUAUUCUUUCGGCAGUUGUUAAUUGCUGAUACCCAAACUAACUAUAAAAACCGAGAAGAAAUGUGUUUAUAUUGGUUGUAAACAUCAAUUAAGAUGGUAAAGCUAUUUAAAAAAAAGGCCAAAAAAAA